CAGUCACUUCAGCAACACCUACCUUAGCAUCAUUAACAACAGCACUACCAACAGCUGAAAGCCCUCGAUCAACAACAGUUCACAGCACAAUACCAACACACCAGGGAUCAGUCACUACUCAAACACAAAAAACAUCAACACAAAAUAGAGGAACUUUGGAAACCAUGUUCACAGCAACACCAACAGAGCUAAUUUCACCCACCAUAAAAUCACCCAGUACACUGACACAAACUACACCGUCUUUGGCAACACCACUACAAAAAUCAACACAAACUGCAGUCAUAACCACACCAGCAACAACUCAAGUAGAAGCUACAGCAUCUGAAACGACAAGUGUGUCAAGAACAAUUCACACAACUCCAUUACACAGUACACCUUUAAUAAGCGGAGAAACAUCUAUUCCAAGACACAUGACAGAUUCUGUCACAACAACAACACAAACUGCCACAGUAAUGGCACCUGAAUCUACAGCCCAUGGUUUACCUACUCCAGCAACAACAGCAACAGACUCUUCGUCAACACACCUGCCAACACUGUCUACAGUGACUCAACCUAAAGCAUCCACAACACCUUUUAGUGAGACUACUAAGCAACCAAGAACAUCUCCAAAAUCUACAAUCAGCACCCCUCCACAGAGUUCAGCCUCUCCCAUCACACUCAGUCCAUCACUAAGUAGCCCUUCAGGAACCUCGACUACAUCCAUGAAUACACAAAAUGGUGGACGUUCAUCAGUCCCUCCCAACACAUUCACCAAACUGCCAGCUGAUACGUCAGCAUUACAAAGUACAAUACAAUCAACAGGCAUACCCUCUGCUACACAACUGCAAAGUGUCUCACUGGUCCCCAGUGAAGCACCUUCCAGCACUGCAUCUACAAACCCAACCCCCCAACUAUCUAACUCAACAGCAGGAUCGAUGAACUCACCUCAGACUGCCAGGACAACAAAUGUGGAAACAACUGCAACUCCAACAAACAUGUCAACGGCUGUCCCUAUAACUGUGCCAUCCAGCUCUAUGUCAUCAUCUGAACUUGUGUCUCAAACCACAUCAUCUGACUCCCAAAAACCUGUGACAUCAACGACAUUUAUCUCAGAUGCAUCAACCCUAAAUCCUGCCAAAGCCAACACGACACAGCAGCAAGUUGAUCCUACUGCUCUUCCCUUAACCAGAGGAAAUAUAGUGUUUUUCAAAUAUAGCCCCAAAAUUGCUUCUGUGAGGCCCCUUGCCUUUGAUUACCCAACUGUGAUCUGGACCACAUUUCCAGUUUCGAAUGCCAUGGAUGCAGACUCUGAGGAGCAACACGAGCCCGAUCAGAGCAACACAAGUGAGAUUCCCACAUUGCCACCAGAGGUGUGAAUAAGACACUGGGAGCUGGAAAUCCUCUUUCUGAGUCUGGUCCUAGACCUAACGUCAGUUUCUAACACUGAGUGUUAGUUUUCUUAGCUGACCAUUGACUAUGUG